AUGAAUCUAUUAAAACAUUUGGUGAACAAUACUGUAUUUUUAUAUUUACAAAGAAAAGAAAGAUUAUAUAUUUUAAACUACCUGUUUUUUGCAUUGGUUUUAGCGUGGGCAUACAGUGCUGGUUUAAUUUUUUUAGUUAUCAAUUGUUUUAGAAUAUUUUAUAAUAAUUUAGAAACAUUAUGGAUUAGUAUACUCAGUGUAUUUGUACUAUCAAAUACCGAUAACUAUUAUCAGGUAAUCAAAGACUCAAUAAAACACACUCUGGCAAUUUUUAUUGGCGGUGUGGUUUCGAUAGCAUCGAUAUCGAUAGUUGGUAGACACUUGUGGCCAAAUGUGUUCAUAAUGCUGGUUUUUUAUUUUGUAGGUUCAGGUUUUUUCCUCACAUCUAACUUUUUCAACUUUCUCCAUGCUAAAAAUAUGUUUAUCACCUACUACUUUAUGGUAUUUUUAGUCCAUUUCCCGAGACCAUUUGGUGACUAUUUUUAUUCACCAGUACCUCAAUUAAAGUUUUUAUCAGUGGCUGUAUUGUCACUUAUAGUUUGUGUGGUAACAUGCUCUUUGCUCAGGUACUCAUUUGCCACAGGUCUUUUUGUCCAAGUUUCAAAUCAACUUUUAAAGCAAUCAAGUUGUUUCAUCAAACUGCUAGGUAAAGAUUUAGGUAUCCAUAUAAUAAAGUCUGUAAAUUGUGAUAGAGAUAAUUUAAACUCCCUCGAAGAUGAAGUAAUAUACAAUAGAAUUAGAGACUCUCUGUUUAAAGGUGUACCGUGCAACCAACUACUAUGCAACAGGCUUUUAUCAAAGGAAAAGAAGGAAACUCUAGACAGCAUUCAAUUUGUGUAUCAUGAAUACUCAAGAUUAUUAAAUAAACUGGACUGUGUUUACAAACAAUCGAAAAAAGAAUUUUGGAGCAAAAACCUAUUUAUACAUUUGGAACGUGUUCAAAUUUUAUUCGAAAGAAACCACAAGAAAUUAUAUGCAUUAAAAUUUGGCUUGGAUGAAGAUUUCCCAAUUGAGAUAUGCAAUAGAAUUAUCCCACUUAUACCCUAUAUCGAAACGUUACUGAAAGAAUGUGAAUACAUAUUUUGUGUAAUGUCAAAGCAAUUAAGUUUAAGGUACACCCAUGAUGAAACAAACAAGGGUUUUAUAGAAUGGUUCGAAAACCAUCAUAAUAAUUUAGAAUCACACAACUACGAUAAACCCAUCAAUGAAACCAAGAUUAACAAUACAUGUGACUGCUGCUACUACAACGACGACAUUGUAAAUACAAUUGAUAAAGAUAGCUUUAGUGAAUGCUGCUUCAAAGACAACAUACACCCCUUCAAUCAAACCCUAGACGAAACAUUGAAAAAAAAUAAAGAUUCCUUUAGAACAAACUCGAUGGAGUGGUACCAAAUUCAAAUCAACAACUCCUUUGAGACCAUUAACUCGACAGUUUUGAAAAUGCAAUCUUUACAAAAUAGAAAUUUAGAUAGAAACUUUUUAACCGAUCCAGAAUAUAAAGAUAUCAUCUCAAGAGUAUCUUUUUUUGUAAGAGGUUUCGAAAAAUUUAGUAUGGAGCAAAAGACACUUUCCACCCAAAUAUUUUUACUGUCCUAUCACAAUUCAUUAAAUAGAAGGUAUCCACAGGAAAUCAAACUAUUAAUUGGAUAUUAUAAUUGGAUCGUAGAUUAUUUCAAAAACUAUAAAGAAAAUAAAAGAUUACGACAACAACUAAAACAAAAGGAAUCUGAAGCGUUUCCACCCAAUUUGCAAGUAAUGUAUACAAGAAAAGAAAAAUUAAAAAUAAUCAUUGAAUAUUUUAUAUUUAAAAGGUUGCUAUUCAAUUGGCUAUUCUCAUUAAAAUAUGCAGUCGCAUGCUCAACAUUGGCCAUUGCAGUAUAUGAAAUUACAAUACACUCUUCUUUUAUAUUAUUCCAAAAUAUGGAUUGGACACCGAUUAUAUUUAUAGUUUCAUACUCGCCAAUUAUCGGUGCACUUCCAAUAGUUACAUUUUUACGUAUUAUCGGUACUAUUCUGGGGGGAUUCAUGGGCUAUGCCGCAUUGGUUCUUAUGGGUUUGGUUGGGUCUAGAGUGUCACAAGCUUUUGUUUACAUUGGCUUUUCUUUUUUUACAAUUACAUUCUCGUUUCUGUUGGUAAAACUACAAGCAUUUGAAAAGUUGGUAAUAUUCAUUGUUUUUGGGUAUUCGGUAAUAACACAAUUUCAAUAUGAAACAUGGACACACGAUAUUAUAGCGUCACUACUAAGAAUUAUGUACUUAUGUAUUGGGAUAUUAUUGGUAAUGAUAGUGGGUUAUAUUUUACCAUACUACGACUAUAGGCAACUAGAAAAGAAUAUUUAUCAAGUACCAUUUGGAAUUAUAAGAACAUUCACAUUUCUUAUGAGCUUUAGCUUUAUUAAAAACGAAACAGUUCAUAAUCAUAACGAUCAUAAUAUCCAUAAUAGCAACAAUAAUAUACCUCACAGCUAUAGCAAUAAUAGUUUAAAUAAUGAUACCAUUAGCGAAUAUAGUUUAAAAUCAUACGAAUCUUUAGAAUCGACAUCAUCCCUAUCGAGUUCAUGGUCAAGAUAUUUAGAGCAAUACGAUGAUAUUAUACCAGAAUUAUCAAGAAGAGGAUUAUCAUUUCAACACUAUAGAAUGCUAAUAAGUAAAAUAUCAAUAGAACUAAGAUCAAACUUUCCAAUCCAAAGAACACUCUUAAUGGAUGCUAAAUUUGAACUAAUGUUUAGAACAAAGAAAUUUAAAAGAAUCGAACACAUUUAUUUAGAAAUUGAACAACUUCACAAUAUAUUUGGCGCUUUAGACUUUAUAGUGAGUGAGUCAAAUCAAGUUAAUCUACAAAUCAUUGGUGGUACUGUUAAAAGUCAACUAAUGAAACUAUUAAAUGAAAUGAACACAACUGCACACUACCUCUACAAUAUUGCAGCAUUUAAAAAAGAUAGAUUCAAGCAAGAGAAAUAUAAAACUGUAGAUAGGGACAACAGCUUACAACUAUGUGAAGAGCUUUUAGAUGGUAUCAGAUCAAACAUUAACACUUUUAAUCUCACAAUUGUUCAAAUUCAACACUUGAAUGCAAUUAUUUUUAUUCUUAAUCAAUUUGUUCAACAAUAUAAUUUGGUUUUCAAUUUACUUUACGAUUUUAUUAAAAGAAUUGAUAUAAAAAGAGUAAGAACCAAUAAUCUUAACAUCACAAAACCAAAUCAAGUUCAAAAUCUAGAAGGUAUCAAUUAUCAUAACAACGUUAAUGAAGAAAUAAAAGAUAUUCGUAAUUAUCAAAUAUUUAAACUUUUAAAGAAAUAAAUAAAAAAAAAUAAUAAAUACUAUUUUGGUUUAUUUAAUUUUUAAG